AUGCAGUCUUUAAAUGUCUUAGUAUGGAACUGUCGCGGUAUUGUGAACAGAGAAACUCAGCAUGCUUUGGUGGAUUUGGUCAGAGCAAAGAGGCCGAGUCUUAUUUUUUUAGCAGAAACCCUAGCGCAACCAAGUAUCAUUGACUCCCUUACUGGGCGUCUGGGGUUUGCAGGAAACAUAUGCUUCUCUUCAGAUCAAGAGGCUCCAUUUCAGGGUGUAGCACUGCUAUGGAACUCAGACAUGCAUGCCAGCUUGCGUUCAUCCUCUCCAAAUCACAUUGACGCUGACAUCAGUAUGGAGGUAGGAGGGCCAGUCGUGUGGCGUUUUACUGGAAUCUACGGGGUUGCUUCCCGGACAGAGAGACGGCGAACCUGGGACAUGAUUGAAUCCUUAGCUGCAGAGCCGUGUUCCUUGCCCUGGAUCAUGGCAGGCGAUUUCAAUGAAAUCAUGAGUAACUUAGACAAGUCAGGAGGUCCUCCGCGUGCUGUGGCACCAAUGCUCCGCUUCCGGCAAACAAUGACGAACAGUGGCUUGUAUGACAUGGGUUUUGUCGGUAGUAGAUUCACAUGGUCGAACAGGUAUACCAAAGAGCGGCUUGAUCGAAGUUUUCAGAACAUGUUGUGGCGGACUUGCUUCCCCUUUAGCAGAGUAAUAACGUUGAACCCAUUAGAGUCGGACCAUGUUCCUCUCCUGGUUGAGAUUAGACGGGACAAUACUAGACAAACAAGGCCUCCACAGCGUUUUCGAUUUGAAGAGAUGUGGCAUGGCAAUGAGAUGUGUCAUAAUAUCAUCCAACAGAAUUGGUCAAAACCCCUCACAGGCAAUGUCUUGCAACAGUUGAGUACAAAAAUUCAUGCUACGGGUGUGGAACUACUUCAAUGGCACAGGGUUGAGUUUGCAAAACAGAAGGUGGAAAUGCGUGUUGUGCAGGAGAAACUAAAUGAUCUCAUGAAGGCACCAUACUCCCCUGAGCAGUAUGAGGAACAACGACGAUUGCAUGUUAUGUAUAGCCAGAUGCUGGCACAACAGGAAAAGUAUUGGAGACAACGAUCUCGCUCUUUAUGGCUGCAAGAGGGAGACCGAAACUCUGCUUUUUUCCAUCGUAGAGCCAGCAAUAGGAGGAGUCGUAACUUUAUCAAAGGCCUAAAUGAUGCUCAGGGUGUUUGGAGAGCUGAGCCUGAACGUAUUCAUGAUCUGCUAAUGGAAUAUUACAACCAUGUUUUUGCAACUGAAGGCACGGUAUCUGAGGCCGUUCAAGUGAUAAUGGAAGCUACUGCUCCAAAGGUAACCGAUGAGAUGAAUUUAGCCCUUUUGCGGCCCUAUACGGAUGAGGAAAUAAAAAAGGCGCUCUUUCAAAUGCACCCAUCAAAGAGUCCCGGGCCGGAUGGGAUGUCACCUUUCUUUUUUCAGAAAUAUUGGCAUAUUGUUGGAAUGGAUGUAUGUAUGGCUAUUCGGAACUUUUUGGAGAAGGGUGAAGCUUGGGAGGAGUCAAACUUCACACAUCUUUGCUUAAUACCAAAGGUACCGGAACCAACUGAUGCUACUCAUUUUCGUCCUAUUGCACUUUGUAAUGUGAUUUAUAGAAUAUGUUCGAAGGUGGUGGCUAACAGACUUAAAGUAUGGUUGCCAAGUAUUAUCUCCCCUCUGCAGAGCGCCUAUGUACCUGGACGCCUUAUUUCUGAUAAUUCUUUGGUUGCAAAUGAGGUUGCUCACUUCAUGCAUAAACUCAGACAUCAAGAAGAGGGUUUCUUUUCAUUGAAGUUAGAUAUCAGCAAGGCGUAUGAUCGUUUAGAAUGGACCUUCUUAAGGGCUAUGCUGUUGAAACUUGGCUUUGCAAUUGAAUGGGUAGAGAUGAUCAUGAGUUGUGUUAUGUCUGUCAGGUAUGCUAUCUUAAUAAAUGGGAAAGUUUCUUCUGACAUCAUUCCGACUCGAGAUGACAGUCUGUUUUUUGGGUCUGCCACUGAAAGAGAAUGCACUAAUGUUAGACGGAUUCUGGAUAUCUAUGCUCGAGCCUCGGGACAGCAAAUAAAUUUUGAGAAGAGUAGUGUGGUGUUCAGCAGAAAUGUGUCAUGUGAUAUUCAAACCAAACUUUCAGUUAUUUUGGAGGUUCAAUGUCGAGAUGAGCAUGACAAGUAUUUAGGUUUACCUCUUCAUGUCGGUAAAUCUAAAACAGCUAAAUUCUUGUACAUCAAGGAGAAGAUAACAAAGAAGCUUGUGGGCUGGAAAUCCAAAAUUCUUAGUUGUGCUGGUAAAGAAGUCAUGAUAAAGGCUGUUGCUCAAUCAAUGCCCUUGUAUGCCAUGAAUUGCUACUUAUUACCGAAGAGCCUCUGUGAUGAUAUUCAUCAACUUUGUGCAUCUUUCUUCUGGGGUGAUACUAACUACAAAAAGAAAAUCCAUUGGAGGAGUUGGGAGCGACUCUGUGUCACCAAGCAAGAGGGAGGCAUGGGCUUCAAAAAUAUUUAUGCUUACAACCUUGCUAUGUUGGCCAAGCAAGGUUGGAGAUUGGUAACCCAACCGGACUCUCUCAUUGCACAGGUUUACAAAGCUCGGUAUUUCCCCAAUGGUACCUUUUGGGAGGCUGAGUUGGGGGACUCUCCUUCGUUCUCUUGGCGUAGUAUCCUAAAUGGUAGACCAACACUCCAAGCCGGUACUAGAUGGAGAGUGGGUGAUGGAUCCCAAAUAAACAUUUGGCAACACCAGUGGAUACCACACUGCCCUACUUAUCUCAUUCACCGUCCUAGCAACACUGACCUAGAGCUUGUCUCUAGCCUUAUGCAAUCUGACCGACGUUCUUGGAAUGUGGAAGUAGUGCAAUCUCUCUUUCUCCCAGACAUCUCUAACAAGAUCCUAGCCAUCCCUUUGAGCAGACAACAUGCUGCUGACAAACUCAUUUGGAGUCCGGAACGGAGGGGACGGUUCUCUGUGAAAUCAGCUUAUUGGAUAGCGCGGCAAUCUGUUCUGGGGAAUACUUUAGCUUCUUCAUCGAAUGGAAAUCCUUUUCAACCAUUAUGGAAGCAGAUUUGGAAUGCACGGGUCCCGGGAAAGGUUCAAAUUUGUGUUUGGAGAGCUGCAAAUGACCUCCUACCUACUAGGGAUCGGUUAUGCACUAAAGGCUAUAUGGGAGACACCAACUGUCUUCUCUGCAGGCACAGGAGGGAAGAUACCUUGCAUCUUUUCUGUAAGUGCCCCGUAGCUGUAGAACUCCUAUCUGAUCCCUCUCUCCAGGUUCAGCAUACUCUCUUAUCCUUUGCCAGUUUCAAAGAAUGGCUUCUUGAGUGUGCUUUACGACUUGGAAGAGAGACUUUUGACAAGAUAAUGAUGAUGGUCUGGGCACUGUGGCAAAAUCGUAACACUAUGCUAUGGGAUAAUAGCUCUCAAACGGUUCAAAGCAUGCGCCUUCAUGCGCUUGCGUGGCUAGCAGAUUUUCAGAAAGCUAGAGCUAACCCUCAGGAUUCUUUGAAGCAACAAAAUCCACACUGGCAACCGGAAGUAAGGAAUCGACCCAAGUUGAAUGUAGAUGGGGCCUUUGUGCCGCAAUUGACUCGAAGUGGAACUGGGGGUGUCCUUCGGAACUCGCAAGGGCAGUUUAUGGCUGCAUUUGCGCACACGGAGCAGCAUACGAGCUCUGCAAGGCAAGCAGAACUGCUAGCUAUCAGACGAGGUUUGGACUUUGUUAAGGAACUAGAUCUGCAACAUGUCACUAUUGAGAGUGACUGUUUAGAUGCAGUGCAGCUAAUCCUUAAUAAGGACCAUGAAUUGGAUGAGCUGGGAGCUCUGGUUGAGGACUGCUUGGUAAUUAUGGCCAGCAUGCCAGAAGUACGUAUCCAACAUGCUGUGAGAACUAGAAACAAUGUUGCACACAGGCUUGCGGCAUUUGCUUUUGAGUCUGAUGGUUGUAAUGAGGUUUGGCAUCAGCGACCUCCUAGCUUGAUUAUUAAUGUACUGCAAUAUGAUUUUACCCAUAUUGCUUAA